CUAUCGUGUUCACUUCCAAUGAUCAUCUCUCAUGGCCUCUAUCGCUCCCCAGGUACUUUUCUUCCGCGGUCAGCACCGACAAGAACAGACGGGAAUUCGUCAAGAGUAUCGUGUCCACCUACUCGGAGUUCAAACUCAACGGCGUUGACCUCGAUUGGGAAUACCCUGGCCAUCAAGGCGAGGGCUCAAAUCAAGUCAGCCCCAAAGACUCUGCCAAUUUCCUGCUGUUUCUUCAACUGCUUCGUUCCUCCCUGCCGCACACCGCCGUGAUCACUGCCGCCGUCCUCCUCACCCCUUUCUACGGCGCAUCUGGGCAACCCCUGAAAAACGUGACUCAAUUUGCAGAUGUACUGGACUGGGUGUUGCUGAUGAACUACGAUAUAUGGGGGUGUCAGUAGUGCUCAUCUGUAUUCUGCGCGCUCUGACACGCUGCCGCAGCCUCCAGCGACCCGGGUCCCAACGCGCCCUUGUCCGACACCUGUGGCAACUCAACGCAAGCUGACGAAAAUGCCGAAGGUGCCAUCAAAGCGUGGAUCAAGGCUGGCUUUCCCGCUUCAAAGCUCGUUCUCGGUGUUCCUGCUUACGGCUAUGUGUCUCAAUCUCAGGCGACCAGUCUGCGGACUCGGGAUGACGCUGGGACCGUCCAACUGACUGGAGACGGAGACCAAAUACAGUUUCGAGAUCUCUUGACUCAGGGGGCACUGCUGCUCAACGCCGAGAAGAGAGACUUCAUCGGCGGGGGUGGGUUUACCAAAUUCUGGGACCAGUGCUCGAGCACCCCGUUUCUGCAAUCGUCAUCCGCCAAACAAGUCGUGUCGUUUGAUGACUGCCAGUCGCUGCGAUUGAAGGGCAAUCUAGUCAAGCAGAAGGGAUUGAGAGGUGCCAACUUGUUUGAUCUGCAUGGAGAUACGGACGGCUGGCAUCUGACCGACGCUGUGAGGGAAGGAAUGGACUUGCGACAUGUACACUAGUAUCAACUCGGCGAUAUCUGCAUCAUUCUUCGCCGUUUCGAACAAUUUUAGCGCUUUGCUAGGGUAUGAGCGUCUCCUGACGGCGUAUGGACCAGAUAG